UGCGAUUUCGAUUUCCUCGAGUAGUUGUGGGUAUCGCGCUGCUUUCCUCACUAUCGUAGACGGGAACGAAGAUAAGAACGAGCCGUCUGGAAAUCACUGUGAGUACGUCCUAUACAUACGCUACUCGUGCUGUGUUGACUGAGAGACUCUCCCUCGUGUUUCUUGCGUAUCACAAACAUUGAUUCUUUCUUGAAUUGGAAUUGUCGCUCCCAUCCUUUGUCGCCUCGUCGAAGUACCGUUGCAAAACACAGUCAUGGUGUGUGCUGCCAAGAAACUAGCCGCCGCGCACGCUGCCAUGCCUCAGGAUCCCAAACACACCAUGCCGGGCGAUGUCACAAAGUUAGGCUUGCCUCCGUCCGCCGAAACCAGCGAGACGAACGGGAACACCAUCAAAGGCCGCAACGUUUCCGGACGAGCCUGGAAGGUUCGACCGCAGAAACGCGCGAGCACCUUGGUCAAGACCAAAACUAACAAUCUGGUCAAGUCGUGGGAAUCACGACAGACCGAAAAACUCGCUCGUAAAGAAGCCCUCGAGCUGCAGAAGCAUUUGCAAGACGAACGACGGGACGCUGCAGUUGCCAAGAAGGAACGCCGGCUGGAAAACGAAAAGAGAAGAGCAGAAAACGAAUACCGGAACAUGCAGAAAUCGCUGCAAACUCUCAAUCAUGCGAAACUUGGAUCGACUCUCAAGGCCAUGUCCAAGAAACAACUGCGACAGGUCAAGAAGACGCGUCUUAACACAAAGACGGGAGUCGUCGAGUUGGUUCCGGCGUACGCCAAGUAACUAGAAUUAGUUGCCGGUGGCGUUACAGCAAUCUUUUUUGGAAAAACAGUUAAUUUGGGAACAUCUACUAUAUAUAUCAUACAAAUGCUGGCAGGAAAAUUUCGUUCUCCCGUACGCUAUAUCGUAUACUAGGUCGGAGGGGUUAAUACCUAGAAUAAAGUAAUACAAUUACAAAGGG